AUGAAGUCUGGAAUCUUCAUCGCCUUCACCGCCGCUGGCGCGGCUGUGAGCUCCGUCACGGCCUUGUCCUUCCCUCGCACCACUGCGGGCCAGGGAUUUAUCGCCAUGCCGGUCAGACAGGUCAGACCUGACUACAGUGACCUUGACAAGAGAGCGGCCAUCGAGGUUACUCUCAAGAAUCAACAGUUCUACUACUCGACUGAUAUCUCGAUCGGCACUCCUGCCCAGCAGGUCACUGUCCUACUCGAUACUGGCUCCUCUGAGCUCUGGGUCAACCCGGACUGUGCCACCGCUCCUUCUGCCUCCCAGGCCAAGCAGUGUCUUGCCGCUGGCCAGUACAACCCGGCCAAGAGUCGCACCCCGGCCGUUGGCCCCAUUGGAGCUCGAAGACUCAACUACGGAGAUGCUUCAGACGCCAGCACUCAGACCAGCGCCGAGAUCGCUUACUACGUUGACACCAUCACUAUGGGCGCUGGUGCCAUCGUCAACCAGACCUUUGGCCUCGUCACCAAGAGCGAUGGCAUCGCCACCGGCAUCAUGGGCCUGGCUCCUGACCUCAAGGCUGGAUUCGAGAAGGGCAAGCCCUACAGCCUGAUUCUCAAUACCUUGGCUGAUCAGGACGUCAUCGGCAGCCGUGCCUUUUCGCUGGAUCUCCGCCACUCUUCCUCCGACUCUGGCGCGCUCAUCUACGGCGGUCUCGACAAGGGCAAGUUCAUUGGAGAGCUUCUAAAGGUUCCCAUGAUCGCUGGCAUCAGAGGCGAGCCUCGUCUCGCAGCCACCCUUUCCGCCGUUGGCAUGUCUCUUCCUAACCAGCCCGUCAAGUCUUACGACCUCGGUGCAGCUGACACGAACGUUAUGCUCGAUUCGGGUACUACCCUGACGCGCCUCCAUCCUGCCCUCGCGCGCCCCAUCCUCGCGGACCUCAAGGCAGUGAGCGAUGACAGCGGAUACUGGACCGCCGACUGCUCCCUCCGCACCCCGACCCUCGCCAACGGCGGCAGCGACUCCUACAUGACCUUCACCUUUGGUAAAAAGACCAUCCGCGUGCCCCUCAGCGACUUCAUCCUCGACAUGGGCCCCAAGGACGGCCAGUGCUACGUCGGUCUCGUCAUCACCACCGACCAGCAGAUCCUCGGCGACAGCAUGAUGCAGGCCGGCUACUUCGUCUUCGAUUGGGAUAACCAGGCGAUUCACAUGGCACAGGCCGCCGACUGCGGCAAGGAGGACAUCAUCGCCAUCACCAACGGCGAGAACGCCGUCCCCAGCGGCCUCGUCGGACUCUGCAACGGACCCGCCACCCCGGACGGCAGCGUCGCGCCCGCACCUGGUGCAGUGAGUUCCUCUUCGGCUCCUCUUUCUCCUGCUACUACUGCUACUACCACUUCCCCGUGGCUCUUCCCCGACGCCCCGACUGGCACCACCUACACAAACCCCCCCAUUCCGAGUCCGAAGUUCGUGACUCCCUCUGAUUUCGUCUUUAUAACAACUUAUCCUCAGUCAUCCUCCUCCGCGACCGGUAACGCCUCGCCCGCUUCCUCCGCUGCUAUUACCCCCACUGCGGCCACACGCGGCAGCGGUGGCAGUGGCUCCUCGACGAACACGGGCACGACGACUGCCGCCCCGACUUCGACCGAUCCUUCCUCGUCGAGCUCCUCCGAUUCUCACAAUGCCGCCUCAUCCCUCUUGGGCAGCGACCAGGUCUUCACGGGCUUGUUCAUGAGCAUCUUGGCUAUUUUGGUCACCGCGACUACAUUCUAA